AUGGCGACGGACGACGAGAAAGUACCUGAACAUGCCUCUCAGCCUUGUACAUCGCAGGACAGCUCUGAGGAAUCAGUGUAUUUGUUGAGCAAGGAGAGUCCGGGUGUCAAACGGAUUGAAAUCAUCUCCUCGCACAUCCAUCUAACCGACCGGAUCUUCUUGUUCUCCAGCAUCUUUCUCAUUGCUUACGUUUAUGGCCUGGAUAACCAGGCUCGGCAGACAUAUCAGCCUCUGGCUACAGCCGAAUACCAACAACACAGUCUGAUCUCGACAAUCAACGUCCUACGCGCUGUGAUUGCAGCAGCAGCACAGCCUACAGCUGCAAAAAUUGCCGAUGUUUUUGGCAGAGUCGAAGUGAUCAUCCUCUCGAUCGUGUUUUAUACAGUUGGGACCAUUGUGGAAGCUUGCGCGGAUAAUGUGGAGACAUUUGCUGCUGGCGGUGUGAUAUUUCAGGUCGGUUAUACCGCAAUUAUCUUGCUGCUUCAGGUCUUGAUCGCCGAUAUCACCUCUCUCCAAUCCCGUUUGCUUUUCUCUUAUAUUCCGGCGGCACCUUUUAUAAUUAAUACGUGGAUCAGCGGUAAUGUCACUUCCUCCGUUCUGCAGGUCACUACUUGGAGAUGGGGAAUCGGGAUGUUCGCAAUCAUCUAUCCAGUGUGUACAAUUGCGUUGCUCAUCCCACUCUACAUAGUACAGAGAAGGGCCAAAAAGAAGGGCGCCUUUGCGGCAUACCAAAGCCCUCUCCGUUUACUUGGAGCACGCCAGCUUGUUAAAGAGUCCUUUUGGUAUCUUGAUGUGGUCGGCAACCUACUUCUGAUUGCCUUCUUGGCCUUGAUAUUGACACCAUUCACUAUUGCACAUGGGGUACAAUCGCAAUGGAAGACCGCCAAAGUCAUCGCCCCCCUCGCAGUGGGCGUCUGUUGUAUUCCGGCAUGGAUCAUUUGGGAACGCAAAUGCAAGCAUCCAAUGGUACCAUUCAAGCUACUGAAAGAUCGGGCCGUCUGGGGCGCGUUGGGAAUUGCCGUCAUGUUGAACACUGCAUGGAGCCUUCAGGGUAAUUAUUUGUAUACCGUUCUUGUUGUCAGCUUCGACGAGUCGAUUACCUCUGCGACCAGAAUCAUCUCUUUGUACAGCUUUGCAUCGGUUAUCACCGGCUGUCUACUCGGCUUUGUGAUCCUCAAGGUCCAAAGAUUAAAAAUAUUCAUCGUUAUAGGGACAUUGCUUUUCAGUGUUGCCUUUGGCAUCCUCAUAUAUUUUCGUGGAGGAUCAGGAGGAUCGAGCCAUUCUGGUGUUAUUGGUGGACAAGUUCUGCUAGGCAUUGCUGGAGGUCUAUUCCCGUACUCAGCCCAAGCCAGUAUCCAGGCAGCUACCAAGCAUGAACACCUUGCCGUGGUGACCGGUCUCUUUUUGGCUUGCUACAAUGUUGGAAGCGCACUUGGCGAUACUAUUGCGGGCGCAAUCUGGACCCAGGUCCUCCCAGGAGAACUCAGCAAUAAGCUCGAUGACUCUGCACUCGUUCAGCAGGCAUACGGGGACCCGUUUACCUUUGCGUCUUCCCACGCCAUGGGAACUCCUGUCAGACAGGCUGUCGUCGACUCUUAUAAACAUGUUCAACGGCUACUUUGCAUCACUGGCAUUUGCUUGACGGUGCCCUUGAUCGCUUUUGCCUUAUGCAUGAAGAACCCGAAGCUGACCAAUGAGCAGAGUUUUGCUAAUGCUGAAGAGAGCGAAGAGUCUUCGUGA